UUUCAUGUAAAUUCAUCAUUCAGUUGAAUCUCAUCAAACUUUAACAUUUAAAGUAAAUUCAAAUCUUCAAAUAAAUUUUAAAAUGAAGUUCACUUUGGUAAUUGCUGCAUUCUUUAUUGCUGGAAGCUUUGCUGGUUCUCCUUCCGAACCUAAACUUUGUGACAUUGUUGCUCAGAUUUCAUAUGAGUUUUCAUCAUUCACUGCAAGCCUUCUUCAAAUGUACAUUCUUAACUUACCACGCGAUAAUACAUUCACCAGUGAUGAUAAGUCACAAAAAUUGAUUCUAUUAGGAAAAGCAGUCGAUGAGAAUCCCGAAGUUCCUGAAGAAGAUAAGAAAAAUUUCCAAAAAUUGGUUGAAAGAAAUGUUGAAUUAAAGGCUUGGAAUGAUCAACUUACGCAUGCAAAUAUUUGGGAUUGUCUUGUUGAAAUAUUUACUGGAGCUUUGAGUGGAUUUUGGACUCGUCCAUAAAUGAUUGGGAAAUGAUUUUUCAAAAUUAUACAAAAUCAAUCUUCAAAUUUUAAAGAUUUUAGAAAAGAAUCCGGGUUUUUGAAAGUUUUACCGGAUAUUUCAUCUGCUAAUUAUCAUUUUAUUAAUUUGUUUGUUUCGUUGAAAGCCUUUU